AGGAGCACCUGGAAGUUAGAUGGGCUAGGCCGAAAUGGUAAACAGAAGGCGUAUAAAACAGGGGAAAAGAAGGCCCAAAAGCUUUCGAUAUUUAUUAGGGUUUGUGUGUUCAUCCCCAAUCGGCCAAUCCCAUUUGUGGCGCAACCCCUACAAUGGCUUCAGACAGGAAGCUGGCGAACCCAAUGAGGGAAAUCAAGGUCCAGAAACUUGUGCUCAACAUCUCUGUUGGCGAGAGUGGUGAUAGGCUCACCCGAGCCUCCAAGGUCCUGGAGCAGCUCUCGGGACAGACCCCGGUUUUCUCCAAAGCAAGGUAUACUGUAAGAUCUUUUGGAAUCAGGCGUAAUGAGAAGAUAGCUUGCUAUGUUACUGUGAGAGGUGACAAAGCAAUGCAGCUGUUGGAGAGUGGACUGAAGGUCAAGGAAUACGAGUUGCUGCGCAAGAACUUCAGUGAUACUGGGUGUUUUGGCUUUGGUAUCCAGGAGCAUAUUGAUCUUGGAAUCAAGUAUGAUCCCUCUACCGGUAUUUAUGGUAUGGAUUUCUAUGUUGUACUUGAACGUCCUGGUUACCGUGUGGGACGACGUCGAAGAUGCAAAUCUCGUGUUGGAAUUCAGCAUAGAGUUACCAAGGAGGAUGCAAUGAAGUGGUUCCAAGUCAAGUACGAGGGUGUGAUCCUUAACAAGUCCCAGAAUAUCGGGAAUUGAGGUUGAGACGAUAUCCAGAGUUUACAUCAUAGUUAUGUUUUUUAGAAUAGGAUCGUUUUUCGUCCUUUUUCAUGGUAAAUUCAUCAAACAAUGUAAUUUCCUACCUGCUUUUGAUGUAAUUUUGAGUUCCAAAUGUUGAACCCAUGCAAGAAUAUAGUAUUGGAUUUCAGAAAA